AUGAACUUUUCAGAAAUAGUCGAAGUUAAUUACCAGUGUUGUGAUCGAUUCAAAGGAUGUGACAAAUCAGCACGAAUACCAAACAAAGAAAUGGCUUAUGAUCAUUUGCGAUGUCACUACUUGUUGCCUCAUGCUGAGGAGCUAGUAAAGCUUAUGGCUAGGCCUCACAUGAAGUCUCUUUUAUUAUGUCAUGAUGCUGUUGCAAACAAAGCAUAUGAGCCUAAGCUUCGUGAAAUUCCUUUUGAAGUCGAUGAAGAUGAUAUUUGUGUCAAAGUAUGA